AUGUCAGCUGAUCAUGUGAAGGAUGACAGUAUACUUAAGGAGAUUGACAUCAGCCACCAUGUUAAGGAAGGCUGUGAGAAAGCAGACCCCUCCCAGUUCCAGCUGCUCAAAGUGCUUGGACAGGGCUCUUAUGGAAAGGUGUUUCUGGUGAGAAAGAUCAGAGGACUGGACAGAGGACAGCUGUAUGCCAUGAAGGUCCUGAAGAAAGCCACACUGAAAGUUCGGGAUCGAGUACGGUCAAAGAUGGAAAGAGACAUUCUGGCAGAAGUGAACCAUCCUUUUAUAGUUAAACUGCACUAUGCCUUCCAGACAGAAGGAAAGCUCUAUCUGAUCCUGGACUUCCUCCGAGGGGGAGACCUUUUCACCCGUCUUUCAAAGGAGGUUAUGUUUACAGAAGAGGAUGUGAAGUUCUACCUUGCAGAGUUGGCCCUGGCGUUGGACCAUCUACACAGUUUGGGAAUCAUCUACAGGGACCUCAAACCUGAAAAUAUUCUUCUGGACGAAGAAGGAAACAUUAAGAUAACUGGAGGAGUGAUGCCUGUCAACCAGAAGGAAGCGGGUUCAAGGCGUCAGCCCCCUGAGAUCCUGAUCAGUAGCUGA